AUGACACAACAAAUUGAUGAAGCCGUAUUGUCAAGACAAUUAUUUACUAUUGGAAAAGAUGCUCAAAUUAAAAUGAUGAAUACAAAAGUAUUAAUUGCAGGAUUAAAUGGAAUGGGUGCUGAAAUUACAAAGAAUGUAUUAUUAAUGUCUGUUAAAUCAGUUGGAUUAUUAGAUAAUAGAAAUGCAUGUUUAGCUGAUUUAGGAACAAACUUCUUUUUAAGAAAAGAACAUAUUGGACAUUGUAUUAGUGAAUCAACAUAUAAACAAUUCCAAGAAUUAAACAAUAAUGUUCCUGUUAGAGUAGAAAAACGAGAAUUAACAGAUGAAACAUUAUAUAAUGAUUAUGAUAUUAUUGUUCUUUGUUAUUUACUUUCUGAAAAACAGUCUAUUUAUAUUAAUGAAUUAUGUAGAAAACAUAAUGUUAAAAUGGUUUAUGCUGUUAAUAGAGGACCAUUUACAAUGAUCUUUAAUGAUUUUGGAGAUAAUUUUGUUGUUUUUGAUUCAAAUGGUGAGACACCAUUAACUUAUAUUGUUAAUGAAGUUGUUGGAAACACUAUUCAAUUUAUUGAUGAAAAUUUCUGUACAUUAGAUGUUGGAAAUGAAGUUCAACUUGAUGAAUUUAGUGGAUUACCUGGAUUGAAUUAUUCAGAAAAUGGAGGAAAAACAUUUAAAAUUACUAAAAGAACAGCAUAUUCAAUUGAGAUUGGAGACUUAAGUCAAUAUGGUAAAUACAUUAAAGGAGGAAAAGUUACAGAAAAAUAUGAUAUAAACUUUGUUAACACGAUUCAAAAACUUAUUACUAAUUUCCCAGAAAAUACAAUUACAGAUGAAGGAAUACCAUUUUGGCAUGCACCAAAAAGAUUCCCACAUAUUUAUCCAUUUAAUAUUGAUAAUCAAUAUGCAAAAGAAUUUAUUAUUUCAGCAUCACUUCUUCGAGCAGAAAUAUAUGGGAUUAAAAAUGAAUUGAGUAAAGAAGAAAUUAUUAAAUAUGCAUAUUCAUUAAAAGAAUAUACAAGUGAAGAAAAGAAAACAGAAGAACCAGAAGCUGAAAUUAAACAACUUAGUGAAGAAAUAAAAGGAAAAGAAAUUCCAAAAGUUAAUCCAAUAGAAUUUGAAAAGGAUGAUGAUAAUAAUCAUCAUAUUGAAUUUAUAACAGCAUGUAGUAAUUUAAGAGCAGAGAAUUAUUGUAUUAAACCAGCAGAUUUCUUAAAAACAAAGUUAAUUGCAGGAAAAAUUAUACCAGCAAUGAUUACUACUACAGCUGUAGUAUCUGGAUUACAAUGUAUUGAAUUAUUGAAGGUUAUUGAAAAGAAACCAUUAGAAGCAUAUCAUUGUUCAUUCUUAAAUUUAGCUAUAGGAUAUAUGGAUGCUACUGAACCAGAAGCAGUGAAAAAGACAAAAAUUUGUGAUGGACUUGAAGUAUCUAUUUGGGAUAAAUUAGAAUUUGAUGGAAACUGUACUAUAGAACAAUUCUGUCAAGAAAUUUCAAAAAGAUAUCCAAUUGAAGUUGAUUCAAUUACUGCAUGCGGUGCAUUAUUCUAUUGUUCAUAUCUUCCUAGUGGAAUUAAACGAAGUAAACAAACAUUUAAAGAGAUUUAUAAAGAUAUAAAACAUGAAGAAUAUAAAAACAAUACAAUGACAAUUGCCAUAUCAGUUUCAAGUGAAAAGGAACAACUUCCAGACAAUUUAGAAUUUCCUGAUAUUAUAUUGAAUUUCUAA